AUGCGCGCGUGCCAAACAAUAGCUGUCGUUCUCGCUGCAGCAGCCCCGUGGACCCGCAGCCAUGGGAUCUUGGUGGACCCGAAGCCCACAAUUCGCGAUGGUGUACCUGACAAGACCAACUAUUGUGGUACCAUCGACGGGUACAAGGCGCUUCCCGGUGAAAAGUACGACGAUUCCCCCGAGUACAACACGAAUGCGUUUGUCCGGCAGUUUAAAAAGUCGUCGUUCACGUCACUAAAGGCCCUCGUCCACUCCCAACCGACCACAUGCGGCGAAUGCGGCAUCACCCGAGACGACGGCACCCCCCAGCCCAUGCCCCUCGACGGCAUCGUCAAGUGGGGCCACGGGAACGAAGGGUACGUCUCGUCCCACGAAGGGCCAUGUGAGGUUUGGUGCGACGCGACUCGCGUGUACUCGAACGACAACUGCGCUCGAAACAUCCCAAACGGUGCCAUGCCCAUCAACGUCGCGGCGUGCAAAGGAGCGAAGCGGUUGUUGUUCGUGUGGUUGGCCAUGCAUACGUCGUCGUGGCAAGUGUACAUCAACUGCGUCCCGUUGUUAGGGGGGGUUGGCGCGGCCCCCCCAAGUCUGGCCAGCGCCUCCUACUCGCCCCCCAGCGUGUACACGCCCCGUACACCGUCCCCAACGUUGCCUGUGCUGCGCGAAGCGAAGCCGAUGCAGCAAUGCGGUGGCAAGCAGUUCAACGGACCAACCCGAUGCACCGCCGGGUAUGUGUGUGAGCCCAAGAACGAGUGGUACAGCCAAUGCGUCGAACGCAGCUCUGAUGGUGUCGCCACCUGGGGCCAGUGCGGAGGCCAAGGCUACGCUGGUGCGACGACAUGCAAGCCGACCGAUGAGUGCCAGAUCAAGAACAACUGGUACAGCCAGUGCGUUCCCCGCCAGUGA